CUGCGAUCAGUUGUGAACUAGUAGUGUGGAAAUGCGGUCGGCGUUUCCAGCAGACUACGGCAACUAGAUUCGGGAAAGCGCGGAGCGUCGCGAUGUGAACAGGGCCUUAGGCACGGCCUCCUUGAUGCGUGCGAAGGCUUCCACAGAGACGUUUUUUCCGUGUGCCGCCAGUGGCGUACGUCGUGAAAGUGUGCGGAAUGGAGAAAUCUCCUCAAUAAGAAAAUAAAUGGAGGACGGUCAUUGGUUGAUAAGUGCAGGACUGGUGACGUCAUCAAUCAUUGCCAUCACAGCCAACGCGUUUCUUUUGCUGAUUUUCUGUAGAAGAAGGGGGCUGCGGACCGUUCCUAAUAGAUUCGUCAUCAACCUCCUCAUCACAAACCUCCUGUCGAGUCUUCUGUUGAUCCCGCUGCUGCUCGUGGACCAGUCGGUCCCACACCCUUCCAACUCUAGCAACCAAGUCGAAGUGUCGGACCUCUUCAUCCAGGAAGAGGUGAUCAACGGCACCGAUGUUGAGAUUAUCCGGAGUGAAAGUUUAUAUUUUAAUACGACCGAUGGAGUCCUCUGCAACAGCACCGUUUUGUGCUACGCCGCUCAAGUCAGCACGAGUUUCGUCUCCACGCUGUCCAUCCUCAGUAUUCUUCUCAUCGGGGUGAACCAGUACUUCGGCGUGAUCCACUCGCUUCGGUACCACUUCUAUAUUAAUAAGUGUCGGUCGACGGUGUUCAUCGUGAGCGCUUGGUUCAUCGCGCUGGUACUCAGUGUGUUGAGCAGUGCCACCGAGAGUGACAGUUCGCUGUGGCGUUUCUGCGCCGGCCGCCCCCGGGACUCACGGACCGUCCAAAUCCUCAACAGUGUUUACGCGGUGACGUACUGCGUCGCGAUCAUUUUCGCCCCGUUCAUAGCGAUAUGUGUAAUCUACGUGUGCAUAUACACCGCGGCGCACAAAAACAGCGAGCGCAUGCGCAAAUCCACAUCGACGCACCUCGACGGGCUGUACCGCACGUGCGAUGAGCGUGCGUCGCUUCCGAAGGUACGUUCGGCGCCGAACUUCAUGCGCUUGGACGACAGCGCCGCCAACGGGACCAAAGUCACCAGGGCGAGCAGCGAGCGCUCGCCCAACUUCAUCACCUCCAUCAAGCACAAGAUCUCGAACGCGUCGGUGUUCAAGUACCGGGAGGAAACGCGGGCGGCGAAGGUCAGCGUGCUGGUGAUCUUCCUCGUGCUGUUCUGCUACGUGCCGUACGGGGUGACGCUGGUGCUCAACUCGGGGCUGGUCGACGUGGCGACGUCGCCGUGGUUCAACUUCCACACCCUGUUGCUGCUGGUGCUGUCCAACGUGAUCUCGCCGUUCCUGUUCGGGUACAGGAACAAGCGGGUGAAAAGGGAGAUCGGGAAGGUGUUCGGGUUCGUGCCGCCGAAGCGGCCCGAUCUGUCGGUGCUGAACCGGCGGCGGUCGGCGAACGACGAGCAGAUGACCACGAAGGAGCCUUUUUUAGGGCAGAGCUACACCGUGCCCGAAGUGAUAGUCACCUGCAAGGUGGAGAACGAAAGGAAGAGUAUCUUGAAGAGGGUGUAUCAAAGUUCUAACUGGACGAGUUACAAGAAGUGUAACUUCAUCACGGUACCUGAGAGUUGCAUUAGCGGGGAGACGAGAGGGUCGUUCUCGAGCGCCAGCACUCAAAUUUCAAAUGAAGACUGUUAGGGAGUUUUUCUAGUCGUGAGUUAGGUUGGCAGAGACUGAGCUAUUGGUGGCCAAAACUUAAUAGGUUAGGUUAGGAAAUUGUAUAAAGCGGUUAAGUUAUUAACAUGUAAAUUAUUGUAUUUAUAAUUUUUGUAAUGCUGUAAGUGAGGUAACAGCUUCCAAAUAUAAAGAAUAUUAAAAAAUA